GCUUCAUAGGAGCUGCUGGAGUAUUUGAAUAAUGACAAAUUUCUUGGCAGUUUUGUAAUUAAUGUUUUUCUAUGUGGUUCUUGAUCUGACUAGGUCAAAUUGUUGCACAUAGUCCAUUUGAUAGAGAAUAAUAUUUGAAUCAUUUCUUUCUACAAAAUAUAUAACUACUUUCACGUCUUCUAAUCUAUGAAAGCUGCAGGCUUUGCUUUAAUCCCCUAGCAGUAGGGCUGCACACGAGCUGAGUUGAGCUCCAGUUGGGCCAUCUCGAGCUCGACUUGGCUGAGAAAACUUGAGCUUGAACUUGAGUCAAGCUCGAGUGAACAAGCUCAAGCUCGACCCAACAAUACAACAUCGAGCUCAAACUCAACUCAUUUAACUCGCUUAUGUUAAGCAUGUCUCGUUUCUUUAACUCAUUUAGCUCGUUAACUCAUUUAACUCGAUUAACUUGUUCAGUUGCUAUUCGUUUAACUAUUUUUUUCAUUAUAAUUCAACAUUUGUUAUGUAGUCGAGCCGAGUCGAGUUUAAAUGAGUUAAGUUCUUACGAGUUACAACUCAAACUCGUAUCAUUUAACAUUUCAAGUGUACAUUUGAACUCGAGCCUGACUAAUUUAUAAACGAGUCGAGUUCGAGUUGAGUUUAGACAAGUGAGUUUGAAUCAAGCUCGAGUUGGCUCGACUCAUUGUGCAGCCCUACCUAGCAGUCUGCUCAAGUGUCACAAAUGGCAAAAUUCAUUUUUACACGGUAAAGCACAUAGGUAAUAGGGAAUUUGUUAUGCGGUAGCCUUCCAUAUGUGUUAUUCUGUGUUUGAUGACUAUAGAUGGCAUGAGCUCUGUCAACAUGGUGGAAAAAAAUGAAAAGUAUACGAAAGGGUUGUCCAAUAAGUCGCCACGUAUGUCAAUUAUCAAUCCAUGCAACAUACCUUAUGGAAUCUGUAUGUCCACUAUGUGCUGUUGUUUGCUCCAGCAGUUCCACAUGAUGGCCCCUUAGUCUUUUAAGUAUAAAUUUCUGGGAAAUAAAGACCAAUUCCCCAGUGUUACUAGCCAGCCAAUGACUAGAUGGGGUAAGGGUUCAGAAGCCUUUCUGCACAGGGCGCAAGUGGUUUGCCAUUGGCACUCUGAGAUGCUCAAGGCAGAUUCAUGUGAGAAACAUGUUUCCAUGUGCCAACUACAUGAACAGACAACUGGGGUACGUAUCUGCUUCUGCCACAUCUGGCAGGAAUUGCUAUCAGAAUUUGGGAAUUUAGACUGCUGGUUGCCAAAAAUUUGUGAACAUUGCUUCUGUUUCUCACCUGUAACUGGAAAAGAUGGUGAUAAAUGAUUCCUUGUUGCUUCUGCAAAUUCUCACAGUGCAUACUUGUAUUCCAGAAAGGAGGUGAAAUAGAUCGAUACUAAAAUAGAUUGCUUGCAAGUUGCAAUUUUUCUGCAACUUGAGGGAGAGUAUGGAAGAGAAGAUAGUUUUCUGGAAGAACUUGUCCAAUUUGUUAUGGAGCUCACUGCCAUUAAGGAUGCAUUUGAGCAUGUUGUCAAGAAGCAGAAGUUGUUCACAUCUAAAACCCAGGAAGUAGUUGAUCAGGUGGCUCAUGAAAUUGGGCAGGCAUUGAUGAAUCUGCAGUCUAGUAUGACCACGGAAGAAGAUGCAUGCGUAAUCAAAACUGCCCUUGUGGAACUAAACGAGAGGCUAACUGACAUUGGCCUGCACAGGCAACUCAACGGUUCACAAAAGGAACUCAAUGUUGCGCUCAGCAAAUACACAAAAUUCCUUGAGAAGGCCUUCAUUCCAGACAUAGCUACAUCAUAUAAAAACAUUGAGUUUGACUUGCAGAUUGUUAAUGAGAUUAUUGCUACACACUUUUACAGGCAAGGUCUGUUUGAUCUAGGUGACUGCUUUGUGGCUGAGACUGGUGUGCCCAACUCAUCCAACCUUCGAGCCCCUUUCUUGGAGAUGUAUCACAUGCUUGAGGAGUUGAAGAAAAAAAACCUUGAGCCAGCUCUUAAAUGGGUUUCUGCCCAUCAUGAACAUCUUUCCAGAGAAUGCAUGCUUGAACUAAAGCUCCACAGGCUGCAAUUUAUGGAGAUACUGAAGAAUGGGAACAGAAACGAGGCAUUGGAAUAUGCUAGAAGCUACCUUGCUCCUUUUGCUGCAGUUCGGAUGUGUGAGGUCCAGAAGUUAAUGGCAUGCCUUCUAUGGGUGGGAAAGAUGGACUCAUCUCCAUAUGCAGAGCUGCUUGCACCUUCUCACUGGGAUGAACUAGCAGCAGAACUUAUUCAAGAGUAUUGCAGGUUAUUAGGUCAAUCCUACCAGAGCCCACUAUAUAUGACGAUCGCUGCAGGAACACAAGGACUGCCUACGUUGCUUAAGCUUACGAAUGUAAUGGCUGCCAAAAAGCAGGAAUGGCAAACAAUGAAGCAACUGCCAGUUCCAGUGGAGUUGGGUAGCGAAUUCCAGUUCCAUUCCAUCUUUGUAUGCCCAGUUUCACGUGACCAGGGUACUAAGGAAAACCCACCAAUGAUGUUGCCUUGUGGGCAUGUGCUGUGCAAGCAAUCAAUAACGAAGCUGUCAAAGAACAACACACGGAUGUUCAAGUGCGCAUAUUGUCCGCUAGAAGCAUCUGCUGCAAACUGCAAGCAGUUAUUCUUCUGAUGAUUACAUACCAAAGCUGUCAGUAAAAUAAAUGUAUUUCCUUUCUGAUUCGGCACAUUACUUUUCCUUGCAAUGUAAGUAUUUCCUUUCCUUCUCAGUAGUCAGAAAGCCCGGCCAGUAGUCAAAUCUCAA